UUCACAACGACCUGACGGUAUAUGCUUUUAUCUCCUGUCGAAGAUAACUCCAUUGCUCCAAGCUCAGAAACCAAAGAUCGUAGACUGAUGAUGAUCUUCUUAUUUCCUUCAUUAUUUCUAGUUUUGUUCAUCGCUUUCUUCUUCAAAUUUCUCAAAGCCGACGGUGAUCUGACGUUGUUGUCCAAGAAACACGUGAAGCGCGAAGAAAUAGAGGAUAAGGUCCCGAGAGCAUUCGUUCUCAGUGGUCUGGAUAAUUGUUAUGUUAUUUGGAUUACUGGAGCCAGCCGUGGUAUUGGAGAAAUACUUGCUAAACAACUUGCAAGUUUGGGAGCCAAGCUCAUUAUCUCUGCUAGAAAUGAAGAGGAACUUACGCGUGUCAAGAAGGAGCUAACUGAUGAGGUGAUGGUUUUGCCUCUGGAUUUGUCUCGGGGAGAAGAACACCUGAAAGAGGCAGUGCAGAGAGCAGAAUCAUUUUUUGGGGCUUCCGGAGUGGAUUACAUGUUCCACAAUGCAGCUUAUGAACGCCCUAAAUCGAUGGCAUUAGAUGUGACUGAAGAAAGCCUCAAGGAUGGAAAUAAUUUGAUUGUCCGCUUUUCUGUUAAGGCGACAUUUGAUGUCAAUGUUCUGGGACCAAUUUCUCUGACCCGGCACCUGUGCCCUCACAUGCUGAAUCGUGGCAGAGGGCAUUUUGUUGUGAUGAGUAGUGCAGCCGGAAAGACACCUGCACCUGGUCAAGCGGUGUACUCUGCCUCCAAGUUUGCCGUAAAUGGUUAUUUUCAUACACUUCGAUCUGAGCUUUGCAAAAGGGGAAUCAAGGUAACCGUUGUCUGUCCAGGACCUGUGAAGACCUCAACUAGCUCUGAAGCAAGUACAUCCGAACAGAAAGUUACUUCGGAGAAGCGUGUGUCAUCAGAGAGGUGUGCAGAGCUCACCAUAAUUGCUGCAAGUCAUGGUCUGAAGGAAGCCUGGAUAUCAUAUCAGCCUGUGCUUGCGGUCAUGUACCUGGUACAGUAUAUUCCAACAGUUGGGUACUGGAUCAUGGAUAAGAUUGGAGAAAAUCGAGUAGCAGCUGCUGCUCAGAAAGGGAACACGUACUCGUUGAGCUUGCUUUUUGGGAAAAACAAGGCAUCUUGAAAUUGAUCCAACCACUGAUGAAUACCGUCAAAGCUUCGUAGCAGAGUAGAUGGUUAAAGUAACCAAUCUUCAUCAAUCCACCUUUUUUUUUUUUUUUUUU